CUUGUGCUACCAUGCGAACAAGGGUCUUUGACCGCACUGCAAACGAAUCCCAUACUUUUGGGAAGCUCGCCGCCGCUCCUUGCGCCAAUUUCUUCGAUUAUUACAUCCCUACUGACGUGAACUUCGCGAGAUCAUAAAUAUGCGCUCUUCUUUAUCUAAGCUUCACCGUUAUGGCUGUCUCUAUUGGAUCACAGGACUAGGUAUUUUCGUAUAUAUCCUCUAUCAGAGGCGCAGUUACUGCUGCCAAAGCAUGCCUUAUUUCUUUCAUCAACCUUGGUUUUUCUGCUUUUCUUCCUUGCUGGCCUCUACAGCGUCGGUAGCCGUAGAGGUGUCCCUACCACUCUCGGCGCCACCCAAUGCUCCGAAACUCUCUCCCAGUCUCCUGUCAUUCUCCAUCGAGCAGGAUAGAUGGACAGACUGGUCUGGCACGACCUCGAGGAACCAGUUUCUAUACAACGCCUUGGAUAAUCUGAAAACCCUUACUGGGGCACCACCUAACAUCAGAAUUGGAGCUGACAGCGAGGAUCAUACUAACUUCAAUCCUAACGUCGAGUUUUCAGAGACGAUCUUCCCUGCUAUUUCUACGACGGUUCCUUAUUCCGAAGCCACAAAUGUCACCGUUGGUGACGGUUUCUAUCAAGCAGCCAGCUUUCUUCCCUCUGGAACACAUGUAACAUGGGGCGUCAAUUUUGGACAGAAGAACCUCACUGCGGCAUAUCUCGAGGCGCGUUCGAUUGCGAAAGCGUUUUCAUCCUCUGCUAUGAAAGAUGCUGGAGUCACUCUUGAUUUUGUGGAGAUCGGUAAUGAAGCUGACUUGUAUGUCAACAACGGUGCACGUCCCUCCAACUGGACUCCCGUUAAUUAUACGCAAGAGUGGAUUGUGUUCGCCAAUAACGUUUCCAAAGCUAUAGGAAUUUCAUCGGCAUCCCAGACAAAAUUCCUCGUUGGCGGCUUUGCUGGCUCGUCUCACUCAACCACCGGCUUCUCGCCACAGGCUAUCUACGCCGCUGGUAUACUCAACUCUGAACCGGGCGCCUUCAUUACGAGUUUUUCGGAGCAUCGGUAUUCAGGUUCCUUCUGCGAAGGUAGCGGCGGUCUUCUGCAGGAUCUGAUGACGAAGAGUACCAUCCGUGGAAAUCUUUCGAUCUUUACCCCAGACAUCGCAGAAACGCGCAAACGAGGCCUGGAUUAUAUCCUUGGAGAAACUAACAGUUACGCCUGCCAUGGCGCACCAGGCGUUAGCAAUACCGCUGGGGCUGCGUUAUGGACGUUGGAUUACGCUUUAUAUGCGCCACAGUUGGGAAUAUCCCAGGUCUUUUUCCACGAAGGCGUAGGAUACAAAUACAACUUGAUCCAGCCCGCCCAACUGACCAGAUCCAUCCUCAAUGGUUCCACGCUCGCCGAACCUGUGGCGCCUCAUGUCCAACCCCAGUACUAUGCCGCAAUUAUAAUCGGAGAGGCCAUGGGUAACUCUGGCCAGACUCAGGCCGUAGAGUUGUCAAUAGCCAAUUCUCGUAUCGCCGGAUACGCUUUUUACGAAGGCGGUGUUCUCGUCCGGGCCGUCCUCAUAAAUUCUCAAGCAUACCUGAAAACACAAACUACCCCUCGGUCGAGUAUUCAUCUCGAUCUCGGGUUUUCGGGGAAUGGACAGCUCCCGACAACUAUGCAGGUCAAGAGACUAGCAAUCGGGCAUGCCGACGACGAUUCGGGGCUAACCUGGGGCGGUCAAACUUAUGAAACGAGCGAUGCGCGAGCACAAGGGGAGCUGAAUAUUGAGACCAUUCAGGUUGCAUCUGGAUUGGAUAUCGCUGAAACAGAAGUCGUCCUCCUCUACUUUAACUUUUAAAGUUGUCCGGCUACGUCAUGAUCUUUGUCUUGUUCUCAGAGAUAUAGCACCUCUUGUCUCGCCUGCCUAUGAUACAGGCGAUGAAUUAACCGUUGUUACGAUUACUAGUUGUUUAUGUUUCUGGGUUCAUGCCUAAUUCUCUUCACUGGAACGUGUCGGAUUUAGAUCCUGGUCAAGGAGAUAGGAUUCGGCGUCUUGAUUUCCACGGAAUUCGUCAGCUGCAGAUGAAUGGAGUGAGAAUUUCAUCCACGACUUACACGUCUGUGGAAUAGAGUAAGUUACUAGUAUCAUUGUUUAGUCGACACAACAUCGAAACUGCCUGAAUUCGGUAAAGCAUAGACAGAACGCCUAUCGCCGAAGCUUUGUUUUUUCACUUUUCUUAAUCUAUAGCCGAAUAUGAUAUGUUUGUACCACG